AGCACCCAAAGCAAAGUAAUUUGGAAACCCAGAAUCGAGUGAAAUUUAAAAUUCUUAUGAGUCCUCCGAAUCAAAGCAAAGAAUAAUAGAAAUCAGUGACAUUUUGCCCUACAAUAUUGACACAAAAGCUAAAGUUACAGUCCCUGUAUUGGAGACUGGAAACAGACCCCUUCCUCACCUCUCUCUCUCUCUCUCACUCUUUCUCUCAUAAAUCUUUUUCAAGUUUUUUAAAAUUUUAACCAUGAUUUCAUCACUAUCCAAUAUUCAAUCACCACAUCCACAUGGAUCAUGGUCAAACCUUUAAGCAAAUCCUACCAUUUCUGAGUUUUUAAUUAGCUCUAGCUUACAAGUUCAAGGUGUCAGAAUAGAAGAAAACCAAAGUAUUUUAGAAGCUAUGAGAUAAGAGAGAGAAGUGGAAGUUUUUCUUUGUUAUUCUUGGAGUCCAAGAGCCUGGAAAAUGGUGAGUUGCUUGGAACGGUCAUUUUGUUUUGGAUGAAUUUGAUGGGAGGUGUGUUUGUAUGAAACUAGGCGUAAAUGGUGCGAUUUUAAUCACAGAAGAAGACAACAUCAAUGCACACAAGCACAGACAGAAGAAACAAGGCAAGGAAGUUUCUCAAUCAUGAGUUGCAGUUGGUGUAAUAUCUCGCUAGUCAUUCCCAUUUUUGUUUUGUAUAUCCUUGCUUCUUCUUCAGUUUUUCCUGCCUAUUCUCUGGCAGCCGGCGGUCAACAACAUGAAACUUCAACCAAUCAAACUCUCCGUCCUCAGGAAGAGUUACAUAAGUUGAAGAUGAUUAGAGCUCAUCUCAACAAACUCAACAAGCCUGCCAUCAAAACAAUACAGAGUCCUGCUGGGGACACCAUAGAUUGUGUUGAAACUCAUCUUCAACCAGCUUUUGAUCAUCCUAAAUUGAAAGGAAAAAGACCACUGGAUCCACCAGCGAGACCAAGUGGCCAUAAUCCAACUGGUAUGGUAAGUGAAGACUUUCAGUUGUGGAGUAUGUCGGGUGAGUCGUGUCCAGAAGGAACAAUUCCAAUCAGAAGAACAACGGAACAAGACAUGCUAAGAGCCAGUUCCUUUAGAAGAUUUGGAAGAAAAUUGGGACAUGUUAGAAGAGACACAAACAGCAAUGACCAUGAGCAUUCAGUUGGAUAUGUGACGGGAGAUCAAUACUAUGGAGCGAAAGCCAGCAUCAAUGUGUGGGCACCAAGGGUAGCUAGCCAGAAUGAAUUUAGCUUAUCACAAAUGUGGGUAAUCUCAGGCUCAUUCGGAGACGAUCUUAACACAAUUGAAGCUGGUUGGCAGGUAAGCCCAGAGCUGUACGGAGAUAACAGCCCCAGGUUCUUCACUUACUGGACUAGCGACGCUUAUCAAGCAACCGGAUGCUACAAUUUGCUAUGCUCGGGGUUUGUGCAGACUAAUAAUAGAAUCGCCAUUGGGGCUGCAAUCUCUCCAGCAUCAUCAUAUAAUGGUGGCCAAUUUGACAUUAGUUUGCUGGUUUGGAAGGAUCCAAAACAUGGAAACUGGUGGCUAGAAUUCGGAUCCGGGGUUCUAGUUGGGUACUGGCCAUCUUUCUUGUUUACUCACCUUAGAGAUUAUGCAAGCGUUGUACAAUUUGGAGGAGAAAUUGUAAAUUCCAGGACAAAUGGCCACACAUCAACACAAAUGGGGAGUGGACAUUUUGCAGGAGAAGGGUUUGGAAAAGCAUCUUAUUUUAGAAAUUUGCAAGUUGUGGAUUGGGAUAAUAAUUUAAUCCCAUUAUCAAAUCUAAAAGUCCUGGCAGAUCACCCCAAUUGCUAUGAUAUUCAAGGAGGAAUUAAUACAGUUUGGGGCAAUUAUUUUUACUAUGGUGGACCUGGAAGAAAUGUCAGAUGUCCCUAAAGGGAUAAUAGGUAGAAAAUUGGAAGGGUCUUUUUUUUUAAAUUUUCAAAAAAUUCUUUCUUCUUCUUCUUGAUGGGUGAUCCAUUUUUUGUUCUCUUUUUAAAUCAGCUCACAGGCGGUCCGAUAAUUAUAGCAAAUAUAGGGUCUCUCUUUCUUUUUGUAAAUCUGGAAAAGGAAUAGUGAAUAUUAUACUAUGGUUUGUGAUUUCAAAUUCCUUGUCCUUCCCUUGUCAACUAGAUUUUCCUUCAAGAUUUCAGAAGUUGGCAUUUGAUUUUAUGACAGAUUGAAUUAGAUGGUUUUAUUUUAUUUACUUAAGGGACUACCAACUCCUCUAAAUGUAGUUACUGUCAUUAUACAUGGAUUAUUCUUCA